AUGAUUUUUUUAAUACGAUUUUGUUCUCGUCGUUUCCUAUCUACAUUAAUUGACUUAGGUUCUCAGAUGAAAAAGCUCAAUGACAAUGGUCAAUUUCAGAAAGCUAUAGAUUUAUAUGAAGAUCAAAUUGAAAAACAAAAUAAACGAAGUACUAGUUUAAUUGUGAAUCAAGCAUUAAAAGCUUGUAUUGAACUUAAUGAUAUUAAACGUGGCAAAGAUAUUUACAAAAAUCUCUGCCCUUCUAUGGCAAACAAUUCAUUUAUUCAAGCUAAUCUAAUUCGUCUAUAUAGUCUUGUUGAUAAUAAUCGUUGUGAAGAAGCAUUGAAUCUUUUUAGAGAAACUAACAUUGCAAUAAAUGAAUAUACUUACAGUAUUGUAUUUAAAACUUGCACAAAUAUUACUGAUCAACGUUCAUUAGAAUUUGGACAAUUGAUAUUUGAAAGAAUGCCUAAAAUAUUUCAUAAUAAUAUUGUGAUGAUGACUGCUGCUUUACAAAUGUUUAUAAAAUGUGGUGAAAUUUCUAAGGCCGAACAAUUAUUUAGUCGAAUACAGAAGAAAAAUUUAUUUGCUGUUAGUGUAAUGAUGAACGUCAUUGAAUCUAAUCAAUCAAAUGAUUUAUUAAAUUCGGUUUUAAAUAUGUUUAUUAAAUGUGAUGAUCUUAAUAGUGCUGAAUCUUUAUUUAAUCGAAUUGAUCGAAAUAUAAUUUCUUAUGGAUUAAUGAUGAAAUGUUAUAAUAUUAAAGAUAAACCAGAGAAAACUGUAGAAUUAUUUCAAAGAAUGAAACAAGAAAAUUUAAAUCCAGAUGAAAUUAUUUUUGUGUUACUUAUUGAUGCAUUAUCAAAAAUUGGUGAUCUUGAAUUAUCUCAAUUAUUGCUUUGUGAAAUGUCAGAAAUUUUUUUAUUAGAUCCAUGGAUUCAAGGUAAAAUAGGUUCACCAGAUAAAAGCAAAGAAAUAUUUGACAUGAUCGAACAUCCAAAUAGUAUUUCUUUUGCAGCUAUGAUAAAUAUCUAUGGUUUGAAUGGAAUGGGUCUUGAAGCAAUUGAAUUAUUUAAUAAAGUUCCAUCAAAUAUGUUGAAUGAUACUAUUUAUGUUGAUACAAUUAGUCGAGUAUUUCUUUUUGAUGAAGCACAAAAAUUAAUUGAUGAAUAUGAAAAAUCUCAUGAUUCUUGCAUUCCAAUGUACAUGUCAAUACUUUCAUCUGCUCGAAAUGCAAAAUAUAUUUCAUUAUCAAAAAAUAUUUUUCAUCGUAUUGAAUAUUAUUUUUCCAAUAAUGAAAAUUAUCUUACAUCAGCUCAAGUUCUUCUUGCUAAUACAUAUGCUUUAAGUGGAAAUAAAUCAAUGGCAUCAAAUAUUCGAAUGAAAUUAAAUCAAUCGAAUACUAAAAAAGUCGUUGGUUAUGCUUGGACGGUGGUUAAUGGAAAAGUUUAUAAAUUUCGAGCUCAUGAUCGAUCAAAUGCAUAUUCAUCUGAGAUCUAUGAAGAAUCAAAUCGAUUAACAGAACAAUUAAUCAAACAUGGUUAUAAACCUGAUGAGUCAUGGAUAACACGAGGAUUAAAUGAUGAUGAAACAAUUCAAUCAGUACUAUGUGGACAUAGUGAACGACUUGCAAUUGUUUUCAAUUUAAUUCAACGACCAAUUCCAACUCGUAUUCAAAUUAUCAAAAAUCUACGUGUUUGUGGAGAUUGUCAUUUGGUUACAAAAUUAAUUGCUCAAAUUCAUCAAUGUUUAAUAAUAGUCCGUGAUGCUAAUCGUAUUCAUCAUUUUUAUCCAAAUGGAAAAUGUUCUUGUCAAGAUCAUUUUUAA